AUGCUACAAAGGACUCCCAUACAGCCACAAAUGCCACCGGGGAUGUAUCAUCCUCUUCAAAUGCCACCAGUCUCAGGACUGCUACCGCCUCUGCAUCCUCCUUCGUUACCGGGAUUACCUCCAUCGAUCACCCCGAUGAGGGCACCUAUGGCUGCUCUGCCACAAACACCAAGAGCUCCCUAUCCAAUUCCACCGGUGCCCCCAUCGCCUAUGCAGCCACCACAGGUACAUGCUCAGGCGCCCGUAUCGGCAGAACACAGGGAUUUCUUCCCUUGUCCAACAAUGCAUCGCCCGGAAUUUCCGAAAGCGCAGCCUCCGUUUCCACAGCCUCCCUUGGUUGGAAAGGUGGAAGCACAAUGUGCUGUGGCACCAACACCUAUGACGCAGCAGCCCUACCCACCUUCUAAUCAAACAAUCGCAACUCCCUUUCCCGCUCCUCAGCAACCAGGAUUCAUGGCGGUUCCUCCAAGAAGAGUUCUGCCUACAGGAAUUAUCCCGAGUCUUGGUCGAGCUUUGACUGAAAAAGAUCUCAUCCCGAGGACGCCGACACCUUGUAAUUUUUCUUUUCUCGCUUUUCUCUCGAUUUCCAUGGAUAAUCAGAAUUAUCACAUCAUUUGCUUUUUGAAUCACAAAAUAUUUGUUUUAGCACCACCUCCAGCAAACAAGCAGGUUCCCGCAGGCGGAAAUGGUCCGCGCACUCCUAGUCCUAUCUCGAAAAGCUUCGAUCGCGGAGUGGGUCUUGGCGGAUCAACCAGAGACCGAGCAGAGCGAGAUCAAGGGAAUGCUUUACAAAUCAGCUCGCAGCCUCAGGGAAAAGAUUCUCUUGCGCCGGUUGCGCCAGACCGAAUGGGAGGAGGGCCGCAGGCAUGGCACGGUGAACACCCCGAAAACACCCACAACAAGACUUCGCAAGAUAGUAACGAUGACGACGCCAUGGAAGUAGGAUACGAGUCAGAUAGCAAUUGU